AUGAGUUGUUGGGCCGUACGUUUGCAGAACCCAGCCUAUUCUUGUCAUGAACCCUAUAAAAGCUUGCCUCGAAGUACUCCAAACAACCUCUUCAAUACUAGCAACUCCAACCAACUCCAACCUUCGCGCUCUUCACUCUUCAAAUGCUGUUGA